UAGACUCGACCAUUUCGGGUGUUAUCGUAAGGGGAUUAAUAAGAGAGGCAAUGAUUGGAGUGAAUAGGUCUUUUUAGUAUAACGAUCCCCCUCUCUCAUCGUUUGAUACAGACCACCGACUCGUACAAUCACCAUUCGUGACACCUUAGCUGAGGUCACUCGCAACGAGCUGGACAAACUGGCCGCCCAGACCAAACCCUCAUCUUUAAAUCAAUUCCUCCUCCUCUCUCUCUCUCAUUAAUUUCGAGAAUUAUCAUUUGAACUAUCAUCGCUAUCAUCACCACACCCUGCAUUCCCACUCGCAAUGCUGGAACCCAACUAGUCUAAGUCUUUCGCGUCUGACAGCCUUCUCCGAUUCUCUCAUUCCAACCCGGCCUCUUCAAAUAUUGAAGCAUUGAUCAUCUAUAGAGUAUCGUGAUCGAAGCUCAUAACGAUGCGAUCGUCUGUCUGGUGCAGUGUGUAAUUGAAUGCAACGCCCACUAAUUCACGGAUAAAGAUUGGACGCGUGGAACACUUCCAUAACAUCGCCUUCAGCCACGGAAAGACCCGGCCGCCCUCCCUCCCCCACUCCCGUCACAACCGACUCUCAACAAACUAUACUUGUCGUGUUUUCUCUCUCUCUCUCUCUGCGACAAGAACUGUUCAUACCGUUCGUAAGCAGGGAUUCUUUCGUGUCACACUGGAAACCACUGUGAACCUGAAAGCUUGCCAACAAUUAUCUGCCCUUUCACCAUCUGUCAGGAGAAACAACGGAUCGAAUUUAAACGGUUUGGAGCCGAUGUUACUCUGGAAAAGUAUAUAGCUUAUCUUUAAGGUGUGAUUUUGAUCCUGUUUUGGUGAUAUCAGAAGCCAGUGUGCAACAUCUAUUUCUUGGUGAGGCAACAAUAAAUGCUACCUGACCAGAUGGAAUCGUCUGCGGAGUCGCCACUCCGGGAAAACUUGUCAACAACAUCCCCGGGACUGAAACACACCGGGAAUACAACAGUCAGUAUGCCUGUAGCCAGCCCACAGCCUGUAGGCACCCAUAACAACAACAGCAGCUCGACCCGGGACGAAUGCUCACGUUGCAGCUCGCCGGCCUCGUCGCCGAACUCUUGCCCCGCCAGCCCGGCGCACAGCACCAGCGAUGCCGGGUCGGUGUCGCCCUCCCCUACGGCUGCAGCAACGCAUGUCGGUUUCUCGCCAGCCACCACCCACCACUUGCCACACAGGCAACACAAACACAUCCACCACCAUCAUCAUCACCUUAACAUCAACAACAAUAAUAACAACACCAUCAACCACAUACGCGCGAAACAUGACUCUGGGUCAGAACUGUUCAUUGGUAAGGUCCUGGAUUCGAAUCCCGCUCACCAGCUCGGACUACCCCCUCAUAUUCGUCACCCUAUGUUAUCCCAGGGUAACCUACAGAUUCCCUUACCGGUACGUAACCCGGUCGCCGCUCCGCCAUCGUUCCUCAUCCGGGAUAUCCUCGGAGAUCUCAAAACGCGGGAAACUAACUCAAGAACUGACGCAGAAAUUCGCGAAUUCGACAGACGAUCAGCAUUCCACUUCAGGCACUCUGAUCUAUCGUUACAGCGAGCUGAUAAAGACAAUAAGGACAUUGAUGACGAUGUCGAUGACGAUGACAGGCAUAGUGAGACGACGUCGUUGAAACGAUCACUGUCAUCAGACGAUCUUACAGAUUCGAAAUCGAAAGACAACGAUUACGACAAAGAUGGGGACCCUGAUGACUCAGAGACCGACGGUUCGGGGAGCAAGUCGAAGAAGCCUCGCAAGGCCCGAACAGCAUUCACAGAUCAUCAACUCAACACACUGGAGAGAAGCUUCGAGAGACAGAAAUACCUCUCAGUACAGGAUCGUAUGGAGCUAGCAGCUAGUCUUACUCUCACAGACACACAGGUCAAGACAUGGUAUCAGAAUAGGAGGACGAAAUGGAAGCGGCAGACAGCCGUUGGUCUGGAGCUGUUAGCCGAGGCCGGGAACUAUUCGGCUUCGAUGCAACGUCUCUUCGCACCGCCAUUCUACUACCACCCAACACAGGGCAUCGUGUCGAAUCUUGACGGAUUGUACGGGCUACAGGCGGGCCAGCGUCCCGUACUCCCCCGCCUCUUCUUGCACGGUCUGCAGCAACACGUCAGCCAUCUGCCACUCACUCCGCGACCGCUUCAUCCUCACUCUCAUUGACCUCCGCGUCGUCAUGCUGGCUCAACGAACCCGACGACGACGUCGGAGACGAUGAUGAUGAUGAUGACGAUGAUGCCUGAUUGAUCUUCAGUGGCAGAGAUUAAAGACUCUGACGGUUGGUUACACCGUUGUUCAUGGAACAUUUUGCUUAUGACGACUCGUUGAAGAAACAAAUACGGUUUAUUACAGCUUCAACAUAUUUCAUUUAUAUCUUCUUCAUUUAGGGAUCCAAUUUAAUUGAUAUUGUAGUUAUUUACAUCAUGUUUACAACAAAAAGUUAUCCAUACCAGCCUCAACAGUGGACUGCUAAUUCACGCCUUUGACGGCGAAAACAUCUCACCAUUUUUCGUCGUUUGCGUCAUAAAAAAUGUAUCACCCUUUAAGAUCUCGAACUCAGCAUUCAACACGAGAGUGUUUAUAUGCGAUACAAACUUUAUCACUCAUUCAAAGAGCAUUUAUAGCAAAAUUGAUUUCUCAAUGAAUUAAAAGGCGAGGAGAAGACAUAAGUUUUUGUUUUAAUAUAAGAGCGAAAUCAUUCUGACUAAAGACAGACUUUUUGAAUUAUCAUUAAUGUAGAAAGUGGCAAUGUUUAACGUUUUAGGUAAGAGAUAUAGUUAUUAAUUCAAAUAAUUUCGUGAAUGUUUCUCGUCAUAGCUCAGAUUUCAUUUCAAAAUAAUCAAAUUGAAAGUCUGAUCUAAUUUAAGCUCAUAUAUGUCAUUUGAAUCGUAAGAAAGUGAAAAGUUAUCAAAUGACAGAUAGUAAAUCUUUUUGAAACAUUAUUUUGUUCACCCGCAGUUUCACUUGAUGACUAUUUAGGGUUAGAUUUGA